GGGGGCGCGGCCAGCGCGCCCGCUGCCCAAGAGCCGGCGAGACAAAGGGGAGGGCCGCGGCCAGUCCCGCCCCCCGCGGCCGGCUGGGCGGGCUUAUGGCUCCCGGGUCCCUGCAGCCGCUGCCAUGUACCCUGCAGGUUCCCCGGCCGGUCCAACCCCGCGCCGCGGCCACCACCCCCCACCCGGGCGCCCCGCGCCGCCGCCGCGGACAUCCGCGCCCGCCGCGGCCCCUGCCGCGCGACCCCGCGUGGCCAUGAAGAUGGCCUUCCGCAAGGCCUACUCCAUCAAGGACAAGCUGCAGGCCAUCGAGCGCGUCAAGGGCGGCGAGCGGCAGGCCAGCGUGUGCCGCGACUUCGGCGUGCCCGGCGGCACGCUGCGCGGCUGGCUCAAGGACGAGCCGAAGUUGCGCUGGUUCCUGGAGCAGCUGGGCGGUGAGGUGGGCACGCAGCGCAAGAAGAUGCGGCUGGCCAACGAGGAGGAGAUCGAUCGCGCCGUGUAUUCGUGGUUCCUGGCGCUGCGCCAGCACGGCGUGCCGCUGUCGGGGCCGCUCAUCCAGGCGCAAGCCGAGGCCUUCGCGCGCCAGAUCUACGGCCCCGAGUGCACCUUCAAGGCCAGCCACGGCUGGUUCUGGCGUUGGCAGAAGCGUCACGGCAUCUCCAGCCAGCGCAUCUACGGCGAGGCCGAGCCCCCGGCCGUCGGCCCCACACUCGGCCCGCCGAUCAAGCAGGAGUCCACACAGCCCGCUGGCGUCCGCCCCCCGCCCGGCCGUGCCCCGGCCCCACCGCCCCCCGCGGAGGGCGGCUAUGGUGAUGAGCAGAUUUACAACGCCAAUGUUACUGGCCUCUACUGGAAGCUGCUUCCGGAGCAAGCUGCACCCCUGGGCGCGGGGGGCUGCAGCCGUCGUUGGCGGGGCGACCGGGUGACGGUGCUACUGGCCGCCAACCUGACUGGCAGCCACAAGCUGAAGCCGCUGGUCAUCGGGCAGCUGCCAGACCCGCCCAGCCUGCGCCACCACAACCAGGACAAGUUCCCGGCCUCAUACCGCUACAGCCCAGACGCUUGGCUCAGUCGUCCUCUGCUGCGGGGCUGGUUCUUCGAGGAGUUCGUCCCGGGCGUCAGGCGCUACCUGCGCCGCAGCUGUCUGCAGCAGAGGGCCGUACUGCUGGUCGCACACCCGCCCUGCCCUGGCCGGGCUGCCAGGUUGCCCACGCUGGAGGAGAGCGAGGAAACCCGCAGGCGGUUCCGGCCUGAGCUCCUCAGCCCCCCGGAGGAGCUUCAGACCCCUGACGGGGCCGUGCGGGUGCUGUUCCUGUCCAAAGGCAGCAGCCGAGCGCACAUCCCCGCCCCGCUGGAGCAGGGGGUGGUGGCUGCCUUCAAGCAGCUGUACAAGCGGGAGCUGCUUCGGCUGGCGGUGUCUUGCGCGGGUGCCUCCCCAUUGGACUUUAUGCGCAGCUUCAUGCUCAAGGACAUGCUCUACCUGGCUGGCCUCUCCUGGGAUCUGGUGCAGGCAGGCAGCAUCGAACGCUGCUGGCUGCUGGGCUUACGGUCAGCCUUCGAGCCCCGGCCACAGGAGCAGUAUGCUGGGCAACACGCUGGCCAGGCAGAAGAGGCAGCUGAGCACAGCAGGGUGCUCGGUGACCUCACACACCUGGCAGCCCUGGCCUACAAGCGCCUUGCGCCGGAGGAGGUGGCUGAGUGGCUGCACUUGGACGACGAUGGGGGGCUGCCUGAGGGCUGCAGAGAGGAGGCAGGCCCUGGCCGGCCCCCUGUGCUGGCCUCUGUGGCCGCUCCACUCCCAGCCAGCCUGUCCUCUGUCCUUGAGAGUGGGGAAGAGGAAGAGGUUGCUGUGCCCACCGCUGGGGAAGCUGUUCAGGGUCUGGAAACAGCUCUGCGGUGGCUGGAGAGCCAGGACCCCCAGGAGGUGGGGCCACUGAAGCUGGUGCAGCUGCGCUCACUGAUCAGCAUGGCCCGGAGACUUGGGGGCAUUGGGCCCUCACCUGCAGCCCCUGAUGAUGGGGUGUGACCAAACCAGCCCUACUGGCCCCCCAGGGGCCUUCGUCCUGCUGCACCUGAAGGGAGCCUCCCCUUUGCCCUCCUCCCUUCUCCUGGGGUAACCCUCCCAAGGCUAGUGGUCACAGGGAUGCCAGCUCAGCCGGGCUUGGAGGAGCUCUGUUGGUGAAGGGUCAGCCUGCUCCGCUGGUACCCCAGUCUCCCUCCCAGGGCAUGGGGGGUGGCUGGAAGAGAGGUCCUGGGCUCAUGCUCCUCCUCUGGGCACGCACAUGGGGUCUGUGGUCUCAGCCUGGGCCCCUGCCAGACAUACCUGACACACACACCAUAGCACUUACCAGAGCCCGGGCUCCAUGGGGCUGAGCCUCUUGCCCGCCCCUCUUCCUGCCCGGUGGCCUGUUUACCCCAAGUCCUGGUGCUGCGUGGUUCGUAUGCAACCUGAUCUCGGUGGGAAGCACACCCCAGGUUCUGUUUCUGUUGCAUUAAAGUCCAUUUUUACAGAUACUCAGGGGCACGGGUAGGUUGGGCUGGGGAGGAAGGACGGGGGCAGCCACACGCGGGCACCCUGAUGCCAGGUGUAGACUUCUGUUCCACUUGGACUUUUAACUUUCUUGUUGAGAAAAUACAUUUUCUGAACUCUUACUCCAUGGGGUUGGCGUUGGCAUGCAGCUGGACCCUGGUGACUUGACCAGUGACUGGACAAGCUUCGUCAAGGCUCAGGGCCCAGGGCCACCCAUCUGCCCAGAGCAGGCCCCGUGGCACUGACAGCCCUGUGGGACAACCCUCCCGUGCCUCAGCUCCCCCGGGCUCCUCCCCUCUCUGGCACAGUUAAGGGUGUGGCUGGAACCAGGCUUCUGGGUGACAGUGUGAAGGUGGGAGAGUCACCUGUGUUGUGGCCCAGCUCUUACACAGUCAGUCUGCUGUCCUGUCUACUCUGAACUCGGAUCCCAGCUGGCGGUCUGAGGCUUGGAGAUGCCUGGCCCUCCUGGGGGCUGUCUCUGCCACGUUGCUGCCCAGAACCCUC